AUGAUUCGAAUAUUUAAAUUGGUUUGGGGAUUUGGCGAUCUUUAUUGUUGGACGGCUCUGUCACCGCUACCACCACAACACAUGAACUUAUCACAUCGAAUCGCCCUCUUCGCUGCAUAUCAUUCUUUUGCUCGUGCCCGUGCCAAUAAUACCGCCGUAUCCCACGGUGUCCUCAAAGGACAACUACCCAUCGACAGAUGGCACCAGGGCCACUGGCUCAAAAUCGCAGCGGAAGCGGCCCUUGUCGCCAUCGAGCGUGGCUUUAACCACUAUAGCCAUUAA